AUGACUGAAAGCACAAGCAGUGAAUUUGUCUGCGAUGGACAGCCGGUGGUGACGCUCACGCCGGCGAAAGCCGAUCCGGUCCACCAGGAUCCGGCCGGGGCCCCGAUAGGGACAAACGGGCAUCCGCAACCGCAAGAGAACGGUCCUUCGGAAAAGUUCGAGCUCCUGCAGCAGUGGCAUUCCCAGCCGCGGAAACUCCGAGUAAUCCACGUCGGCGCCGGCGCCACGGGCUUAUGCGCGGCCUUCAAGAUGGAACGCCAACUCACCGAGUACGAGCUGGUCUGCUACGACGAGAACGACGACGUGGGCGGCACGUGGCUGAAGAGCCGGUAUCCGGGCUGCGCCUGCGACGUGCCGGCGCACAUCUACACGUACACCUUCGAGCCGAACCCGCACUGGAGCUCGUACUACGCGUCCGGGCCGGAGAUCCACAAGUACUUCGUCGGCUUCUGCGACAAGUACGGCCUCGGGAAGUACGUCAAGCUCCGGCACAGGGUUCUCGGGGCCACCUGGCACGAGGACAAGGCGCAGUGGGAGGUCGCCGUGGAGCACGACGGCCAGACGUUCACCGACUGGUGCCAUAUCUUGGUCAAUGGAUCAGGACUGCUCAACAAAUAUCGAUGGCCGGAGAUUGAAGGACUUCACUCGUUCAAGGGGGCCCUGAUGCACUCGGCCAACUGGGAUGACUCGGUAGAUUACUCUGGAAAGCGCGUUGCAGUGCUUGGUAACGGGUCAUCUGCAAUACAGAUCAUCCCGCAGGUUCAAAAAGUGGCAUCUCAAGUUAAAUGCUUUAUGAGAGGCAGCACAUGGAUCUCGGCACCCAUGUCUCGCAUUCCUGUAGAGAUAUCCAACGGCGGCGAUGAGGUGGUCGAAGACAAGAAUGCAAUGUUUCCGAACGAGGGACAGUACUUCUACACGGAGCGGGAGAAGAACCAUCUAGCCAACAACCCCGAGUACCUGCUGGAGUACCGCAAGCGGAUCGAGACCGACAUCAGUCUGGGAUUCGCCAUCUUUUACAAGGACUCGGAAGCAUCGCGGAUGGCCGAACAAUACAUGAAGACUGAGAUGAAGCGGCGGCUCAAGGACCAUCCCAUCUUGACACAAAAGCUCAUUCCCGGAUGGCCUGUAGGGUGCCGCCGUCUAACUCCGGGCGAUGGUUACCUCGAAGCCCUCCUGCAGCCCAACGUCACUACCACCUUCUCCGAGAUCUCCACGAUCAGCGAGACGGGCUUGUUCACCUCGGACGGGGUGUAUCAUGAGGUGGACGUGAUAAUCUGUGCAACGGGUUACGAUAUAGCUUGGACUCCGCAUUUCGGCCUCGUCGGACGUCGCGGCCGGGACAUUAAGGAGGCGUGGUCGCCGACGCCUAAGUGCUACCUCGGCAUGGCCGCCCCGGGAUUCCCCAAUUACUUCGUCAUGAACGGCCCUCGCGGGAACCUCGCCAACGGGACGGUGCUCCCUUGCUUCGAAACCGAACUCGACUACGUCAUCCAGGCAGCGAAGAAGAUGCAGGCCGACCGCAUAAAGAUCCUGGAUGUCCGUGAGGAGGUUGUCGACCACCUCAACGAGUACAUCGACGCUUGGCAGGAGACCAGCGUCUUCUCGGGCCACUGCAGGAGCUGGUAUAAGGACAAUACCGUUGACGGGAAAGUGCUGGUAUGGGGCGGAUCGAAUAUUCAUUUCCUGAAGACCCUCAAGACUCCGAGGUGGGAGCACUACAACAUGGAGUACUUGGAUGCUAAUCCGUGGGCGUUUUUGGGUAACGGGAGAAUUAAGGCGGAGGCUGAGCACAACCGUGAGGCCCUAGCACCGUAUCUUCGCCAUUCUGAUACUCCUUGGACGAUCGAGUAG